UUUUAAUAGAAAUAAAUAAUAUAGCUAAAUUUUUCUCUCGAAUAUAAAUCUUUCUUUUGUUACGGGACAUUCUAAAAACGUUUAUACUAUAAACAAUCGGUAUCUGCGCAGAACCUUUCACCUACGCUUGAUUUAAGUUUAACGAAGCAUAUUUAAUUGUUCAUCAGUCUGAAAACUAAUCUUUGUAGAAAAUGUCGUCGAUCGUGUAUACUGUUUUUCUACUUAUCACUGUGGCAGGAAAAAGCCGCAUUACAGAUAUAUACGCUUCAAAAAUUUACACAUUAGAUGUUCCGCUCGUGGUACGUAAUGGAACUGGACCAAUCGAUCUUUCUUGCAUUUACAAUGUCAGUAAAGACGAGAAUGGUCUUGUGAUAAAAUGGUACCAUAAUAAGGAUCAAAUAUAUCAGUGGAUCCCACCAAUACCAGAAACUAAUUUAUCCAUCCAUGCUUUUUCUUUUAACGAAAGCCAUUUGAAUCUAAUGUGUGUAGCAAACGGAGGACAGCCACGACCGAUAUUAAGAAUUUAUAUAGAAGGACUUGAAGUCAAUCAUUAUCAUGAUAAAAUUAUAAAAACAAUAGGAUAUACGAAUAUCGUUUCUGAGACACGCAGUGCAAUCGUAAAGAACCCUUUGGAACCAUUGCUAUUAGAAUGUGAAAUUUCUAUACCACAAACGGAUUAUAAACGCAGAGAAAAAACAGUUUAUUAUCCUAAAAUCUCUUUAAAUAUCAUGUCAAGGCAGGAAAUGCAAUUGCGUGUGCGUUAAGGAUUAAGGAGGAAACAGGAGCUGGUGGGGAGAUAUUCUCCAACCAGCGAUCCUCGGAAAGAUUAUCAUUUAUCGCUCGGCGUUCAUCCGCAAAAGAUUUGUAAGUUAACAUUCUCAAAAUUGACAUUUCAAUUCGCAUCAUUUAAACUUAAAUAUAAAAAAAAUUAUUUAGUGUUACAUUUAGUGUUACUAUUUUAUCAAUUUGUUAUAAUUUUCAUUUUAACAUGUGAAUUUAACAUGUGCAAAAUAAUAAACAAUAAAAUAAUUAUAUUUAUUUUGUUUGACAGUGAAUACUGA